AUGGCCACCGACGUGGUCGAGGCGGGAUACUCCCACAUGCACAGCACGCGCCACACCAGCCACAGCACGCGCCACACCAGCCACAACGCGCUCCACAAUUUUCACACCAACAGCACCCACAACCACGGCACGUCAGCGACUGGCCGCAGCGACCGCUGGCGCACGGUGCCGAGUCAGAAGACGCGAUACCGCCACAGCCGUACCGUUAUCAGCACCAGCAUCAGCACCAGCAUCAACAUUACGUUGCACCGCAUGCGACGCAGGCACCGCUGUCAACCCGACCGCCUACCGCCCAGACAACAGCAGUCACAGGCGCAACCGCAAGCACAGCCACAACUACAAACGCAGGCAGAGACGGCAGUGCGCCGACCUGCACACCAUGCCUUGGUAGAACAGCACGAGAAGAAGAAGCGGCUGGAGGACCUCAGACGCCAAGCUGCUGCGCAUGCCUCGACUUGCCUCGGCCACUUUACCGACGUGUCCUCGUACUACGGCAACUUCAUCCUUCCAAGCCUACCUCGGCCCGCCUCCUCGUCUUCAUAG